AUGACUGUAGCAUGGGAGCUAGGAUCAAAUACGAUGAAAACAUCAGUACAUGGAUGGGAAAAGGACCCUUUAUUUCGCGUCAUCGCGUUCCUGGAUAAUACUGGUGUGCAGUUAUUUAAUCUGGCUGAUGAAGUAGACUUGCAUGGCAACUUUGUGCAUCUUGAAAAAAUCUUUGCCUUGGGUACACCCAUCCACACUAUCCUUGUAGCAGGACUGGCUGCGCUGCGCGAGAACAUUCGGACAUUGUUCGCAGAUCUCGGGGAGCAAGAGUCCCUACUUCAAGUGAUAGGGUCGGGCGACAUUGAGCUUGCACUGAACAACACCUCCGUUGAUGAAGCAAGCGCAAAGGCUGAAGAGGGGUUUGGUUGCAGCCACAUGUCGCACGUGGUUGCUACGUCGGAAGCGUUUUCACACCUACCUCCACAGACAGAGUGGAGUGCAAAACUACUCCAGCCGAAGUCUUUUAGGGAUUUCAAUGAUACAUUUGAAAACGGAUUCCCUCUUCCGCUGCUUUUUCGGCUAAAGGAGGCUUUCGGUCUGUUACAUCGCUCAGACUUUGUCUCGGCCACUCCCUACCCGUUGGUCGAGCAGUUCCUCAUUGACGCCAUGGAUCGCUGGAUUCCACAGCGGUCAAUCGAGGAAAAUGAAGCCAUGAUUUUGGCGUGUGGUGUAGAACCCUCAAUCGUGGCGGACAUCCGGGCGAAAGGGGAUCACACUCCAGUUAAAUUUGUGGACUUUGUUGUGGAUGUUGUUUUUCCGGUGCCGCCGACAGACGCAGACACUGAUGGGAUUCCUUUAGAUUGGUUAAUUAUUUCGUACGUAAAAAAUCACGAAGCAGUGGAUGUGGACAUCGAGAAGAUAUCUUCUUGGGAUGAGAAAGGCGAGGUGAACCAUACUGAAGGAGGCCCCUUGAAGAACGUGCGAGAUGAGUCGAUUAGCCAAUCAGAGACGAGUGGUCUGUGUGGAUGGAAUCCGGACGAUGGUGAGGUUUACCUCAGUGAAAGCAACCUCGAGCAAUUCAUGCGAGAUAAGCCUUCUCUUGUGCCGCGUGAAAUUCUAGUAAAGAUACGUAAACCUUGGCAGGACCCCACCAUCACUACGUUUGAGCUUGAGAACCACUACACGGUAGCCGAAUUGCGGGCGAUUGUCAAGAAACUGGCAGGGCUUUCCCGGGGCCCACCAAGCGAGCUUAGCGCGUUGGAAUCCGACCUCGAACAUCCUAUUCAUCCAAGUCUGCUAAGGCAGGCUGCAGCCGCAAAUAAUAGGGCGUCCUACGUGCGUAUACUCAUGGCCCUGCACUCCUCUUCACACACCGAGGAGAAAUGUUUAGGAGAAAACGCUAGUGAUGCAUUGGAUGUCAGCUUUCAAGGUCAUGAAAAGGGAGAAGACCCUGGAAGGGAAAUCGUGUUGAGUACAGACUUGAAAUACACUCAAGAAGCCGAGUUCAACAUCAGUGAUCCGUCUCUGAGCAGCACCCAGCUGGUCCGUCACUUCAAGCUACAGGAGCUCAAAGACUAUAUUGUGAAUGUGCUCCUGGAGCCGAACGUAGCAAGGACUAAAAAACAGUGUGCUAACCUUAUUGUCAAGAAGCGUCGAAGAAGUGAAUGA